AUGCUGCACCUUGCAAAAGAAUUUAAGAUGAACAACAAUGAGACCAUGCCGUCCGUCGGCAUGGGAUGCUAUAUGGGGGGUAAGGAUGUCAAGGGCACUGUUGCGCAGUGCAUGGAGGUCGGCCUCAAGGCUGGCUACCGCCAUUUUGACACAGCCGCGAUGUACUACAACGAGUCUGUGGUGGGCAAGCAUAUUCGCGAGAGUGCCCUGCCGCGCCACGAGUUCUUUGUUACUACGAAGCUGUGGAAUACCUGCCACAACAAUGUCGAGGCGUCGUUCGACCACUCGUUGAAAGAGCUCGAUGUGGAGUACAUUGAUCUCUAUCUCAUGCACUGGCCCCAGGCACAGCAUGAGGACGGCACGGCCGAUGACUCUACGAACUUUAUUGAUACGUGGAAGCGAAUGGAAAAGCUUCUUGAGACGCGUGCAGGCAAGGUCAAGAGUAUCGGUGUGAGCAACUUCAGCGACAAGACGCUCGCUGAACUGUUGCCGCACUGCACGAUCGUCCCUGCGUGCAACCAAAUCGAGACGCACCCCUACGCGCCCGAGUUUCCCACGGUUACGUACUGUCAGGAGAAGGGUAUUCUGGUCACCGCCUACACUCCCCUUGGCCAGUUUGACUCGCCCAUUCUCAAAGACAAGGACAUUCUCGCAAUUGCCGAAGAGGUGGGCGCGAUGCCUGCACAGGUGAUCCUCUCCUGGAACGUCCUUCGCGGCAUCGGCGUUCUUCCCAAAAGCGCCAAUGCUCAACGCGCCGAGAUCAACAUCGAUCUUGUCUCGCUCUCCGCCGAGCAGAUGCAGCGCAUCGACAAGAUUUCCCAGGACCCCGAGCGCCACCGCCGCCUUAACAUCGUGGCGUUUGAGCCCAAGACCGAAACAGUGUUCGGCUGGCACAUUAGCAAGUUGGGCUGGGCCACGGAGAAGUUCUAUGGACAAGACUAA